AUGUAGAAUUUAAUUUCUCUUUUUUAAGGGCCCAAUAUGUUUCCUCCUAUGAAUUAAUAGGUAGUAUAAUACAGAAGAACAGUGAGAGUAAUACAUAUGUUUAUGAAUACAAGAAUUUAUAAUAAAAUGCACGAAAUAAGAUUUUAGAAUUGAACAUAAUUUCUAAAUCAUGGAUUCGUUAAUGGAAACAAUAUCUACAGUAUGAUGAAAACCAAUAAUAUUAAUUUAAUUAAGGUAACUAAAAAGUAAGUAAACAUAUUUAUUUAAAAGCCUGGACCUGUUAAUUCUGAUUUAAAAUCCGAUGAAGUUUUUCUAUUCAAUUAUCCAAAUAAAAAUCCUUUAAAUUAAAAAAUAGUAAAAUUAGAUCCAGAAGAUUAUGUUUUGGUAAGUAAUUUAUUUAAAUAGUAGGUUGGAAAUGAUUUGAUGAAUAUGUGGCAUUUAGAAUUUGGAUCUGAUUUAAUUAUAAAUAGAUAAAUCACUUUUAACGAAAAGUCUUAACCUAUUUCAAAUGUAAAUUUAAGAAGAGUAUUUAUUAAAUACAUAUAAUAGCAAGAAGUAUAUUUAAAAGUUUAAAAUUCUAUUCGAGGUAUAAUUUAAGUAGAUGAAGAAUAUUAAAUUAAAUAGUGGAUUGAAUUAAUAAAAUAAGCAAUUAAAUGCGAAUAUUAAUUGGAUUGUGAGAAUAUAAGAUUGUGGAAGCAUAAACACUAUGCUGCUAAUUUAGCUAUUAAGCAAAUAGAAUAAUAUAAUGGUAAAUUUAAUGGAUAAAUAUUGGAUGAAUUAUUAAAAGUAAAAGAAUAUUAAGCUGACUUAAUUAUUAUUGAUAUUUAAUAGAAUGGAUAAUGGCAAUAUGAAUAGUUAGAUUUGAAAGUAAAAUUAGAUUUUAUAAUAAUAGACUUCUUGUUAAGAAGAAUUUAAAUAUUUAUUCGUUAAAGCUUAUAAAGGAUGUGGUAGAUUUUAUUGUGAUAAAAAUUAUUGUAAUGAUAAUCCCAAUUUUGCUUAAUUUCAAUUUGAAAAAGCUAGUUUAUAAUAAUUUCUCAUUGAAUCAUUUAAAGAAGAUAGUAUUGAUUGGAAAGAAGUUUGUUGGAAUACUGAUUAAGAAUUAAAACCAAUUUAANCUAUGAAUUAAUAGGUAGUAUAAUACAGAAGAACAGUGAGAGUAAUACAUAUGUUUAUGAAUACAAGAAUUUAUAAUAAAAUGCACGAAAUAAGAUUUUAGAAUUGAACAUAAUUUCUAAAUCAUGGAUUCGUUAAUGGAAACAAUAUCUACAGUAUGAUGAAAACCAAUAAUAUUAAUUUAAUUAAGGUAACUAAAAAGUAAGUAAACAUAUUUAUUUAAAAGCCUGGACCUGUUAAUUCUGAUUUAAAAUCCGAUGAAGUUUUUCUAUUCAAUUAUCCAAAUAAAAAUCCUUUAAAUUAAAAAAUAGUAAAAUUAGAUCCAGAAGAUUAUGUUUUGGUAAGUAAUUUAUUUAAAUAGUAGGUUGGAAAUGAUUUGAUGAAUAUGUGGCAUUUAGAAUUUGGAUCUGAUUUAAUUAUAAAUAGAUAAAUCACUUUUAACGAAAAGUCUUAACCUAUUUCAAAUGUAAAUUUAAGAAGAGUAUUUAUUAAAUACAUAUAAUAGCAAGAAGUAUAUUUAAAAGUUUAAAAUUCUAUUCGAGGUAUAAUUUAAGUAGAUGAAGAAUAUUAAAUUAAAUAGUGGAUUGAAUUAAUAAAAUAAGCAAUUAAAUGCGAAUAUUAAUUGGAUUGUGAGAAUAUAAGAUUGUGGAAGCAUAAACACUAUGCUGCUAAUUUAGCUAUUAAGCAAAUAGAAUAAUAUAAUGGUAAAUUUAAUGGAUAAAUAUUGGAUGAAUUAUUAAAAGUAAAAGAAUAUUAAGCUGACUUAAUUAUUAUUGAUAUUUAAUAGAAUGGAUAAUGGCAAUAUGAAUAGUUAGAUUUGAAAGUAAAAUUAGAUUUUAUAAUAAUAGACUUCUUGUUAAGAAGAAUUUAAAUAUUUAUUCGUUAAAGCUUAUAAAGGAUGUGGUAGAUUUUAUUGUGAUAAAAAUUAUUGUAAUGAUAAUCCCAAUUUUGCUUAAUUUCAAUUUGAAAAAGCUAGUUUAUAAUAAUUUCUCAUUGAAUCAUUUAAAGAAGAUAGUAUUGAUUGGAAAGAAGUUUGUUGGAAUACUGAUUAAGAAUUAAAACCAAUUUAAGAAAUUAAAGAGGAUUUUAUAAAAUAAAUAAAUGAAUUGACAAAUUAUCCAAAUAGUUUUGGAGCUUCAUUCAUUUAAGAUUUUAAUGGUUCUUAUGAAUCAAUAUUUAUAAAUAAUAGCAAUCCUAGAUUGAAUAUAGUUAUAUUAAAUGAAUUAAAUAAGUUCAUUGAUUUUCAUAUAUUAAAAGAUUGGAUAAAAAAUCUUUAUAGAUCUAAAUAGACGAGUUCAUUAAAAUUGAGAUCAAUAUUAAUGAUUUUACAUUUUAGUUGUUUUAAUUAAAUUUUCAAUGAAUAAAAAUCAAACAAUUUAUUUGACUUUGUAUCAGGUUUAGAUAAAGAAAGUAAAAAUUAGUUAUCUAUAUAUUUAACUUUUCUUCCAACAUAAUAAUUUAAUAGUAUAAUUGAAAACUUAACUAAAAAUUUGUCUAAAUUUAUUAAAAAAUAAUCACAAUAAGCAAUUUAAUUGUUAUAUAAAGAAGACAUUUAAUAUUUAAAAAAUCAACUUGAAUUGUUAUAAAUAUUUUACUAUUCUAAUGAGAAGCAGAAAAGAAUGAAUAAUGAUAAAUUUAUAAUGAAAGAAGUUAUAAAAUUUUAUCCAUAACAAGGUGAUUUAUAAGAAUAUAAAUAAUUUGCAAGUUAUAACAAAAAAUAGUAUGAAAAUUAUUAUUUUACAUUUUGUCAAUAUCCAUGGAUAAUUCCAAUAGAAUUUAAAUAUUAAAUAUUAACUUUGGAUUCAAGAUUUAAUUAAAGAAAUUAAGGAGGAGAUUUUUUUUUUUAACAAAUAGGAGUUUUUCCGACUAAAUAAUUGUUAAUAGAUAGAAAUGAUAUAGUGAAUAGUGCAUUAGAAUAACUAUCAAAGCCAGAAUUAAAUUUAAAGUCUAAACUAUUAAUAGUAUUUAAAGGAGAAGAAGGAAUAGAUUAAGGAGGUUUAACAAGAGAGUUUUUUUCAUUAUUAACUUAAAAACUUUUUGAUAUUUAAUUUACAAUGUUUGUUCCAAGAUGUAAUAAUACAGUAAUAUGGUUCAAUAAAUAUCACUUAGAGAUGCCUAUAAAGUUUGAAUUAAUUGGAAUGCUAUUAGGAUUGGCUCUUUAUAAUUAAGGUAAAUUAAUUAUUAAUGUUAUUAGUAUUGUUAGAUAUAAAUUUUCCUUUGUUAGUUUUUAAAAAGUUAAUGAAUGAGUAAGUUACAUUUGAAGAUUUGAAAGAAUUAGAUUUAGAUACAUAUUAAUCUUUAAUGUAUUUAAGUGAAUAUGAAAAGGAUGAUGUAGAGUAAAAUUUUGCUUUAAAUUUUUCAAUAACAGAAUAUGACAUUUGGGGAUAACCAUAAAAUAUUGAUUUAAUAGUAAGAUUAAAAUUAAUUAUUAGUAAAAUGGAUCAUAAAUAAAUGUCACAUAAAAAAAUAAAAAUUAAUAUAUAAAAGCAUGUACAAACUAUUAUUUAAAUGAAUCAAUUAAUAAAGAGUUUUAAUAUUUUUAUAGAGGUUUUUGGAAGGUUGUGGAUGGAAAUGGAAUAAAAUUGUUAACAGGAACAGAAUUGUAAACAAUGAUUUUAGGAUAAAAGAUUAUAGAUAUGGUAGAAUUAGAAAAAUCUACAAAAUAUGAUGGAUUUGAUAAGAAUUCUGAUUAUAUACAAACAUUUUGGGCAUUUAUACAUUCAUUAGACGAAUAAUAAAAGAAGAAAUUUUUAUUCUUUUGCACAGGAUCAGAUAGAGUUCCUGUUGGAGGAUUAAAGUCUUUGAAAUUUGUUAUUUAAAAACAUGGUGAAGGUAUAAAUCAGAUUUAAAUAUAAUAGAAACUGAAUAAUUACCAUCAGCACAUACAUGUUUUAAUAUAUUUUUAUUGCCUAAAUAUGAUUCAGUUGAAAAGAUGGUAACAAAAUUACAGAUUGCUUUAGAAAACAGUGAAGGAUUUGGAUUGAUGUGAUUGAUUACAUAUUUAUGAAUUUUAUAAGUUUGUGA